AGGUGCCAGCAAGUCGACCGCAAGCACAUUCCAUGAGCUUUGCACCGUCCUGCCAACAACCCGACCAGACACUGGAAUUCCAUGCCACCUUGUGGACCAAUGCUGGUGUUGCCGGUCUGGCCAAAGCCUACGAGGGAGAGGAAACGGUCAAGGUUCCCUGUGGUCCACUGCAACCUGUGUUGGAAGAUAUCUUUGCUGGAGGAGAGGCCAUUGAUUUCUUCUCCUUGGAUGUGGAAGGAGCCGAACCGUUGGUUUUGGAAACCAUUGAUUUUACGAAGGUGCAAAUUCAUGUCAUGUUGAUUGAAGUGGCAAACUCCUUUUGUAAAAAAGAGGACUGUGAGCAGCGCAAUCGUGUUCGAGAGAUAAUGAAAAAGGCAGGAUAUCAACAGUACAAGGGAAUGGUCUCUGGUUCCGAUGUCUUUGUGCACCCCAACUCACCGUACCAGCUCGCAUGAGAAAAAAAUAAAAAAAUCCUUGGUACGAUUGAGUCUGUUGGGCAGUGCUGGGCGGCAAAAGCUGUGGUAGCACCAAUCAAGAUUCCAAAAGGGUACGGGAUCGAAAGACCAAACCGACAAUUCUACACUAAGUGUUUGGAAGUGAGUCCAUAACCAUUUAUGCGAGUAUCGAUAGCAACAAAGAUGCUGUACUACAUGUACCUGCUCAUGAGCAAGCAAACUCGCAUUACGAAUGCAACAAGUUUUGCCAAAAGACCCACGACGACUGAAGGCUAGCUACCAGUAGCAGUAAACUUCAUUUCCCUACCGGUAGUGCAAUACACGGCUCUUAGCCUUAUUCGCGACUCGAUCCUAGAUAGGGUUUGAGUUCGACUCAUGACCGAGUCUCUCGUGAAUAGUCAUUUGAGACAGGGUUCUCAAUGACCGCGCUAGUCAUACUAGGUUGAUGAUGAAACAUCGCUCUAGAUAUUUAGCCAGCGUGGAGUACUUCCACGCUACUAGAUCCAGGCUAGACAAACCUUCCACGCA